AUGGCUUCCCUCAAUACUUCGGUCAACGGGCCUUCUAUCUCCAAAAGCUACCAGUCAAUUGUCACCGCUCCACCCCCCUCCGGUCCUCCCGCAGCGUCGCCCACCUACGGUCAAUGGGUCGUCUACUCUGUGUCCGCUCCUCUAGCCAAUGCAUUCCAACAAGAUUCGGGAAGCAAGGAGAGCGUGCUCAAAGUGCAGAGCACAGGAGAAGGAGAGCUUUUGGAUUUAGUGGAUGAGUUCUCUGAUGGCAGGAUCCAAUUCGCGUUCGUCAAAGUCAAGGACUCCAACACGGGACUGCCAAAAAAUGCUCUGAUUGCCUGGUGCGGUGAAGGGGUUCCGGAGCGAACAAAGGGAUACUUUACAAGCCACAUGACGACGGUGGCUAAACUGCUUCACGGCUAUCAUGUACAAAUUACUGCCAGAUCCGACCAGGACCUUACCCCGGAGGCAAUUAUCCAGAAAGUUGCCGAUGCGUCAGGCUCCAAGUAUUCCUCAAGCAGUGCCGCACCACCUCCGGUUGCGGCUGCGACCAAACCGACUGUCGUGUCCAAGCCCGUGUUUAGCCCUACACAAAGUACGGGAGUCGCAGGCGGAUACAAUCCUCAACCUCGCAAUGUUCUACCAAAGAAAGCCGAUGUGGACGAGGAUGGUUGGGGUGCGGACGCUCCUCAAGUGACUCGAACACAAUUAGAAAAAGUACAGCCGGCCUAUCAGCCUACCAAGGUCAGUAUGAGGGAUCUUACAUCGGCGAAGCCAGCCCCAUCUGCUUUCGACAACAGUCAGACGGCGGAUCGGCCUGAUAUAGUCAAGGGUGCUUACCAACCCGUUGGCAAAGUUGACAUUGCUGCUAUUCGACGCCAGGCCAGGGAGUCGGGGCCAGGGCGAGAUGAAAGACCAGAACCUGUCAAAGGUUCCUACGAACCUGUUGGCAAGGUUGACAUUGCAGCCAUUCGGGCCAGAGCACAGAAACCUGAUGACUCCGGCUUCUCACGACCAGCUACAAUCUCACGCCCAUCGACUGGCCCAUCCGAAGAGAGCGAACUCCCCGCCCGGCCAUUAGCAGAACGCUCCGCUGCCUUUUCUCACGGCCCGGAGCGUCUCACCUCUUUGCCUAAGCCUAAGAUUGCCAACAAAUUUGGCGGCAGCUCGUCAUUCACUGGGACAAAGGCCCCGCUCCCUGGAGGGUUUGAAACAAAGCCCGUCACUCCUGCCGCUCCUAUUGGCACUGCGAGCAGGACGUUUGCCGACCAAGGAGGCAAAACACCCGCACAACUGUGGGCCGAGAAGAAGGCCAGAGAGAGAGGGUUGAGUGGAUCUGGUGAACAACCAGUGUCUCCAAGCGGUCAUACCGGACAGUCUCCUAUAACAACACAAAAGAGUGGUGGUGGUGAGUGGAAGAGCGGCUAUACUGGUAAGUCUUGGGCACCGGUGCAGAUCACACAUACUGGGCGAAGUAGCAUUGGCCAACAGGCGACCGGCGAGGGCACCAAAUCCGGAGGGGAAGAGGAGGCUGCUCCUACUUCGCCGGUUGGAGGUAUCAGUUCGAUACGUGAUCGUUUCAGUGGCGCUCCGCCGAUGGGGGCUCCUGCGACCUUUGACCGAGCUCCGCCGCCUGCUCCAGAGCCGGACACGAGCAACAAACCCAACCGUGGCGUGCCAAUCCCGGGUCUCCCGGUCUCGCGCCCUGAGCCCGAGGAAGAAAAGGCCCAUGCACUGCCCACGCCGCCUCCUCAGCCGAGAAGUCCUACACCGCCAACUCCGGAAGAGCGAUCCGGUUCUCCCAUCCGCCUGGCUAUUCCAGUCAGCGCUUCGGCAGAUGUAACGGAUGCUCACGAGGAGCAAUUUUCACCGCCACCGGCACUGCCCGCUACAUCUCUAGCGCGAGGUUUCCCCAGUCCAACGGCGGGAGAUGACGAGCCUGAGAGCGGCCCCGAUGCCGGACGCGCCGCUGCGCAGGCAGCCGCAGCAAGCAGUCUGGGGCAGGAGGCGGUGGACGCCGCCCCAUCAGCGGCUCCUGCGGAUGGUGGUGAACGAGCACGAGCAGAAUACGACUAUGAAGCGGCGGAGGACAACGAAGUGUCGCUUCAUGAAGGGGAAAUCGUUACCAACAUCCAGCGGGUUGAUCCAGAUUGGUGGAUUGUCACGAACGAGGCUGGACUGAGCGGACUCGUACCCAGCAACUAUCUCAGCAUCUUGGACGAUGACAACGACGGUGGCCACGUGCCCGCGGCCGAACCCAGUCUACCUACCCCUGCCCCUACCUCUCCACCCUCGCAGGGGGUCACAGCCACGGCACUCUACGAUUACGAAGCUGGAGAAGAUAAUGAGUUGUCAUUCCCAGAAAACGCUAUCAUCCUCAAUGUCACAUUUCCCGACGAAGACUGGUGGCAUGGCGAAUACCAAGGAAAGACAGGACUGUUCCCGGCGAACUACACCAAACUCAACGACUGA